UUCUUAUACUUCUUAUAAAUGUACACUAUUUUUGUCAGUGUAAAUCAGUGUGUAUAUUAUUUUUUUUAAUGCCUGAUUGCCUGAGAUUUUACGAUAGGCGCCACGUUAGAGGACCUGUAGGUGCCAAGAUCUGAUACCUACAGAUUUAGCAGUUUCCUAUGCUUGUCCGUCUCUCUCGCUUUUAGCUUCCAGUGUAUUGAUGAAUUUUGCAUCUCAGACUCCGAGUUAUCUAAUGUAAUGAGAACAAGUGUACCACGAAACAUGUCUAAAUUUUGUGCUAAUUUAGCAUUUUUAUUUCCUGAAAAACCUCUUCUUGAAAGAUAUAAAUUAGCGAAAGACGCUGGAUUUAAAGCUGUCGAAACGGGAUUUCCUCUAGGUCUUUCAAAAGAUCAAGUUGUAAUCGCAAAAAAUGCAGCUGGAGUCCAACAAAUACUUAUUAAUAUUUAUACAGGGGAUGUCACGAAGGGUGAGCUUGGCUUCGCAGCAAUCCCAGGAAAGGAAAAUGAAUUUAAGAAGAGUAUAGAAACCACAAUUGACUACGCAAAAGCUUUGGGGGCGAAGAAAAUUCAUAUAAUGGCAGGAAAAGUGGAGGGAAAUGUUACUACAGCCCAUGAUUCAGUCUAUGAAAAUAAUUUGCGAUAUGCUGUUGAAUUAUUAGAGAAGGAAAAUAUUUUAGCCCUUAUUGAACCUAUAAACAAAUAUUCUAUACCACAUUACUAUAUGAACUCUUUCGAAAAAGCAUUGUCAGUGAUAGAAAAGAUUAAUAGUCCAAAUUUGAAGCUAAUGUUAGACGUCUUCCACCUCCAAUUAAUCAGAGGAAAUAUUUCGAACACAAUAAAAGAACUGAUCAAAUUUAUAGGCCACGUACAGAUAGCGCAGGCUCCAAAUCGUAAUGAGCCAAACACUCCUGGUGAAAUUAACUACAAGUAUGUACUUGAAGCUAUUCAGAAGGCAGGUUACGAUGACUGGAUCGGCUUAGAAUAUAAGCCACUAGGAGAUACCAAGGAUGGUCUGGCGUGGGUUGGGGAACUAGGGUAUAGUUUAUAAAAAAAAACACCUUGUAUAAAAUGUAUAUUUUGGCACAGGCAUUCAUUGUAUAAAUUACUGUGUAAAUAUUUUAAUCACAAUAUGUAUCAUUACUUCAAUAAAAUUUUAAAAUAUUA